UUGCUUCAAACCAAUGACAAACACAGUCUGGAUCAUUAUUUUAAAGCUAAAUCUUUCAUCGAACAUCAUGCUUACUGGAACUAUCAGAGGAAUUGUAGCAUUAAUGCAGUGUUGAUAAAACUCACCAGGGGAAAAACAUGUAUGCUUUGCAAGGAUAAUUUGAACCAAUGAGAGCUGACUGCUUGGUGUUCCAACACGCGCAGUGUACAAAGUGAUAUUCAGGGUUGUUUUAUGGUCAUGACGGGGAUCACAGUCUGCUGUGGAACCGUGAACUCCAUCAAAUCUCUCUGGGAGACCAGGAUAAAGAAAAGCAAAGAUGAUCUGAAGAAAGAAAAAGAGCAGAAAGGACAGAGAGCAGUGGGUAGGUUGACAGGUGCCUGGGAGGAUCGCAUAACUUUGGCCAAGCUAAAGGAAAAAGUUGUGACAGAGGAGGGACGUGUGAUUCUUCGGAUUGAGAGAGAAGAAUGGAAGACUCUCCCUGCAGCUCUGGCCCAGCUUGCCCAAAUCCAGGAAUGGCAGUUACACCGAAUAGGACUUCAGAAGAUCCCGCAUUUCAUCUCGACCUUUGAGAGUCUCAUAGUCUUGGACUUGUCUCGUAAUUCAAUCACAGAGAUUCCCAAAGAGAUAGGUAAACUUACUCGGUUGCGAGAGCUGUUGUUGAGCUAUAACAGAGUUAACUAUGUGCCUGAGGAAAUCGGCUCUUGUGUAAAUCUGGAGAAAUUGGAAUUGGCAAUGAAUCAUGAUUUAGAUGACCUGCCUGCUCAGUUUAGCAAUCUAAAGAAGUUGUAUCAUUUGGAUCUCUCCAUGAAUCAAUUCACCACAAUUCCAGACUGUGUGGUCAGCCUUCCUUCUCUAGAAUGGCUAGACAUGGGAAGUAACGGAUUGGAGACGUUGCCAGACGACAUUCACAGAAUGGACAAACUUCACACCCUUUGGCUCCCGAGAAAUGAACUUGAGUAUCUGCCCGACAACAUCAGCCGGAUGCAAAGUCUGGACACGCUGGUUCUGAGCAAAAAUAAACUACGAGACAUUCCUCCACUAAUGGAGAGCAUGAGUAACCUCAGGUUUGUGAAUUUUCGAGACAACCCUUUGACGUACGAUGUGACACUUCCUGAUUUAAACGAGGAUGUAGACGAGGAAGAGAACGACAGGGAGAUGUUCGGCCGCGAGUUCAUGCACUUCUACAUCCAAGAGGCCCGAAAAAGAGGAUCCCAAACGUUCACAUCGGUGCUAAACGUGACGUUGGAUGGCGUAUCAGAGAUAGCGUCGUCUUCGUGACUAGCAUGCUGGCUUCAGUCUGCUGGUUUGUCU